AAUUAAUCAAGCCAAGGAGAGGGUGUUCCCCGGCUGCCUGGGACGUGACGGGAGAGCCAAAGAGGUAGAGUUAUUAACACAUGCAGCCGUGAACACUUUUUGAAGAGGCGCUGUGGGAUUACUUGUGUGGGGAGAGGAAGGAAGGAAGGACUACUGGCCAUGAGUGUAGCGUUGAGGAAGACUUGCUGCCCCCUCUCCCUCAAGGCUGGUCUGCAUCCUGAGUGGCCAGGAGCAGCGGAGCAGACUGUCACUGGUGUGAGGACCAAGGCCUGAUCAGAAGGACCACCACCACCGUGCUGCUGCCUUCUCCAGCCAUAAAGGAAGGGAAAGGUUGAGUGUCAGGACUGUAGGACAAUUUGAUAGGGGAGAGGAAGUUCAUCAGACACAGCCUUGCACACACUGGUUCAGGAAACCAUGAGAGCCAGGAGUGUGAGAAAAGCCUCCCUGGGAAGGGUGACUUUGACUAAGACACUCACUCAUUCUGCUGAAAGAAAUCAUGAUUGUGCAGUUUGUGGGGAAAGUUUCAGCAAGAAGGGUAAACUCAAGACACACAUCCUUACACACACUGCUGAAAAAAAUCAUGAAUGUGAAGUUUGUGGCAAAAGAUUUAAUCAGAAGAGUAACCUCAAUGCACACAUCCUUAUACACACUGGUGAGAGAAAUCAUGAAUGUGAAGUUUGUGGGAAAAGAUUUCAAUGGAAGAGUGACCUCAAUGCACACAUCCUUAUACACACUGGUGAAAGAAAUCAUGAAUGUGAAGUUUGUGGGAAAAGAUUUAAUCGGAAGGGUCACCUCAACACACACAUCCUUACACACACUGGUGAAAGAAAUCAUGAAUGUGAAGUUUGUGGGGAAAGAUUUAAUCAUAAGGGUAACCUCAACAGACACAUCCUUACACACACUGGUGAAAGAAAUCAUGAAUGUGAAGUUUGUGGGAAAAGAUUUAAUCGGAAGAGUCACCUCAAUGCACACAUCCUUACACACACUGGUGAGAGAAAUCAUGAAUGUGAAGUUUGUGGGGAAAGAUUUAAUCAUAAGGGUAACCUCAACAGACACAUCCUUACACACACUGGUGAAAGAAAUCAUGAAUGUGAAGUCUGUGGGAAAAGAUUUAAUCGGAAGGGUCACCUCAACACACACAUUCCUACACACACUGGUGAAAGAAAUCAUGAAUGUGAAGUUUGUGGGAAAAGAUUUAUUAAUAAGGGUCACCACAACGCACACAUCCUUACACACACUGGUGAAAGAAAUCAUGAAUGUGAAGUUUGUGGGAAAAGAUUUAUUCAUAAGGGUCACCUCAACGUACACAUCCUUACACACACUGGUGAAAGAAAUCAUGAAUGUGAAGUUUGUGGGAAAAGAUUUAUUCAUAAGGGUAACCUCAACAGACACAUCCUUACACACACUGGUGAAAAAAAUCAUGAAUGUGAAGUUUGUGGGAAAAGAUUUAAUCGGAAGAGUGACCUCAACAGACACAUCCUUACACACACUGGUGAAAGAAAUCAUGAAUGUGAAGUUUGUGGGAAAAGAUUCUGUUUAAAGUCAUACCUGAAGACUCAUAGCAUAAGACACACUGGUCACAAAGGGUUCAAAUGUGAUGCUUGUGGAAAGCGUUUCAUGACCAGAGGUGAGAUUAGCAGACAUGUGAAGAUUCACCUCUGAGGUGUUGUGUUGUGCUGCUGUAUGUGGGAGAGAGUAGGCAGUGCAGGGCAGCAUUGACUAGCAUGAAGGACAGAAAAUAUAGCCCAGAUGGGGAAUCAAGGCAGGUUGUGUGUGUGUGUGUGUGUGUGUGUGUGUGUGUGUGUGUAUUGACCUGUUUGUAGUCUACCGGGCCCGGGCUAAGCUGUAAUAGUCCCGUCUCCAUAUCUACAUUCCUUUGCCUUUCCAUCAUUUGUUGGGCACUGUACGCCUCCACCACCUCUACCCGCAAGCUGUUCCAUGUGUUAAUGGGAUAGCCUGCCCCCCUUGUAUGUCAGUAAAUGUGAUAAAUGAGAUAACUUGCACUCCUUGUAUGUCAAUAAAUGUGAUAAAUGAGAUAACCUACACCCCUUGUAUGUCAGUAAAUGUGAUCAAUGAGGUAACUUGCACCCCUUGUAUGUCAGUAAAUGUGAUAAAUGAGAUAACUUGCACUCCUUGUAUGUCAGUAAAUGUGAUAAAUGAGAUAACCUACACCCUUGUAUGUCAGUAAAUGUGAUAAAUGAGAUAACCUACAACCCUUGUAUGUCAGUAAAUGUGAUCAAUGAGGUAACUUGCACCCCUUCUUUGUCAGUAAAUGUGAUAAAUGAGAUAACCUACACCCCUUGUAUGUCAGUAAAUGUGAUAAAUGAGAUAACCUACACCCCUUGUAUGUCAGUAAAUGUGAUAAAUGAGAUAACCUACACCCCUUGUAUGUCAGUAAAUGUGAUAAAUGAGAUAACCUACACCCUUGUAUGUCAGUAAAUGUGAUAAAUGAGAUAACCUACACCCCUUGUAUGUCGGUAAAUAUACCUGUCUAUGUAGUGCCUGAAGGCAAAGUGGUCUGUGACAAAUGACAAAUAUGUUGAAAUAUCAGGACUAGAGUUAUGUUAAUGAGAUGUGAUGGAUGGAUCCUUUUUUACCUCCUACUGUAUGAGUUUCAUGUAUCAAGGAACUAUGCAUUUGUAACUCCUUCACUUUCUCUCCCUCAUAACCCGUCCGCUGCGAUUGGCACGAAUUUGGCUUUUAUUUGUAGCCCGGUAACAUAUACUACUAUGUCCUUCUCUGCCUCUGUGGUGGAUAGUGGAGUGUUUCCCAUGUGGUAUUGGUGUGCUGGAUAUCCCCUCCCAAGGUGCAGGACUUUACAUUUUUCUUCAUUGAAUUGUAGCAGCCACUUUUUGUUCCAUUCCUGUAGCUUGGUGAGGUCUGACUGUAGGAAAUCUGCAGUCAAGGGGUUAAGAAGAUGAGAGAGUUUUAAGGUUUCUGCCCCUUAGUUCCAUUGUUUAUUUCCCUAAGUUAAGCCUUCAGUAAAUAUUUAGUAGAGGUUUGCAUCAUUUCUUCUGGAUGCUAACAUUUUUCACCUGUACGGAAUUUUAUUAUGUUGACAAAGUUGUAGUUAUUUCUCUAUGAAGUGGCAGAAAUACACAGCUGCUGGGAAGCAUUGCAUUGUUACAGUCACAGCUUCAUGUACAAAAAAUAUUAGUAUUUCCACAGAUAAAUACCCAACUCCCUUGAAAAGCAACAAAGGUUAGAUUAGGUUAGGUAAGACUAGGUUAGAUUAGGCUAGAUAAGGUAAGGUUAGAUUAGGUUAGGUAAGUAAGAGUUCAACAGAUAUUAACUCAAAUUACCUAACCUCACUUACCUCAUAAUCUAACCAAACCUUUUAUAAUACAAGGUUUAUGAAUAUGAAACUGUACACUAUAAACAAGCUAAAUUCAUAUAUAGCUGAUUUAGGAAAUAAAAGUAGUUAUGCUUCAGUA